AUGCCUAAACCAUCUGAAGAAGUAUGGAGAGAAUCGGAAAAAGGUUUUCGUGAAAAAUGGAAUUUUCCUAACGCGAUUGCUGCCAUUGAUGGGAAACACGUGUUGAUACAGGCACCACCGCACAGUGGAUCAAAUUAUUUUUGUUAUAAAAAACACUUUAGUACGGUGCUAUUAGCCUUAGUGGAUGCAAAUUAUAAAUUCAUAGUCGUAGAUAUUGGGGCUUUUGGUAAAAACUCUGAUGCUAGCAUUUUGCGAAAUUCUAAUUUGGGUAAAGGCUUACAGAAUGGAACUCUAAAUAUACCUUCACCAAAAAUACUACCCGGGGGCAGUGACGUAUUACCUCACGUCAUAAUUGGUGAUGAAGCUUUCCCAUUAUGCACGAAUUUGAUGCGACCAUACUCACGCGACGAUGCACAAAGAAACGAAGAAAAAAAAGUGUUUAACUAUCGGUUGAGUCGUGCUAGAAACACUGUGGAAAAUACGUUUGGAAUAUUGGCACGGAAAUUUAGAAUUUUCGAACGUAAGUUGUCUAUGUCUCAAGAACACAUUGUGUCAACCCUGAUUGUGAGUGUUGUAAUGGCUACAUGUUGCUUGCACAACUUUCUAAGAAAUGACACGUGUCACUGGACAGAAAAUGAUUUGAAUAUUUCUAUUUCCAACAUGAGAGGACUGCAAGACUUAAGAAAUAUAGGUGGAAAUUCGAAAACAGAUGCUUUAGCAGUUAGGGAUGGUUUCAAAAGUUAUUUUAAUUCAGCAGCAGGGUCAGUAGAAUGGCAAUUAAGGAGAGUUCGAGCUGGAAGGAGGUUCACGUGA